AUGUCUUCAAAGCCAGAGGAGAAUGAAGAAAGACUGGCUCAAGCUGCCAAAACAUUCUUCUUUCACAUUCAAGAUCUUGCUUCCGUCACUAAUGUACUUGUUGACUUGUUUAACCGCAAUAUGAAUACCCAGAUCCUCUUGACGGCCGUGAAGGAGGAUAGUAAUGUUAAGGAUUUCUUUGAGCAAAUGCUCAAAAUUGUUACAGAGAUGCAAUCGGUGGUAGAUGGAAUGAACAAGAAUAUGCAAAAUGAGCCUUUAUAUUCAAAGAUUGCUAAGGUUAUGUCCUCUGUGAUUGAACAGGGUACCAAUGUAAAGGAAUUACAUCAGUCAGCCAAAAAAGUGUUCAAAAAUGCCCAUGUACCACUCAUUGUCUCUAUCCUGAGUCGUGGAAAUGUCCUUGGGAUUUUGGUAUCAUCUAUUACACUUUUGAUGAAAUCUCCCAUCAUGAACCUUCGAUUGAGUGACUUCUAUAGGAAAGACACCAAAGAACAGUCAGAUGCUACUACAUCUGGGAAAAACAUGAAAGAGCAAACAGAUGCCACCACAUCUGGCAAAAAUACAAGUUCAGGUCCUCUUGAAACCAGCACACCAGAUACCUUGAAAAAGUUGCAGGAGGCACUAAAAGAUGAGAAUACCAAGAACCCCACCAAGUCAGCUGCAGAUAAGUUGGAGCAAAUUAUCAAGACUAUGGGACCAGCCUUAGAGAUCCUUCAAAAAGCCACAAAGACUAUGGAGACCAAUAUUUCCCUGUUUAAGAAAGUUAAUGACAAAUAG